AUGCGGUAUCCGGCACAAGAGACAUUGACAGUAUACUAUAUGCAAUGUGCGUCCUGUUCUGUUGCUCAAGAGCAUCUCGCCGCCGAAAUCAAUCCAGAGAAGCGCCAUGUUCUAUGGGCUCCCAAAAUGCAGCAAGUUGUUCAUGACCUCGAGUUUCACGCUAGCGACAACAACAUUGUCGAUAAGGAGAUGGCCUUGAUAAUCCUAAAACAGCUCAAGAACCUAAUUCAGGUUGUUUAG